CGUCAUAGCCCCGCCCCUUCGACCAUGUGCAGCUCUACUCACCUCAUGUAGUUCAGUUAGAGAGUGAGAGUUAACUGCUCUGCCUGAGUCACCAGUUGUGUUGAGGGCUUUAUUGUGUGUGUCCAUGAGAACCUUGCCCCGCGUUCCUUCAUCACUCUGCAGCCCUCCAGCUGUCUAUCAAACACGCUGCGUCAUGUGACCUGCAGGAGGCGGGGCGUCAGGCUUCAAAAAGAGCUGCAGUGAGAGGACCAGGACCAGAGACCAAACCAGAACCAGAACCAGAAGCAGUAGCAGGAGCAGAAGAUCCCCGACCAGCAGACAGUAUGCAGUGUGUGCGUUGUCCCGCCAUCUUGGUUGUUGUAACGAUGGUUCUGUGCAGCCCCGGCGUUUCCUCUCAGCUUGAAGCAGACCAGGACCAGUACCAGGACCAGAACCAGGACCUGGAGCUUGAGCUGCGACACCACCGGCUGCUGCAAAGAGCUCGCGGCGCUGGGCUCCUGUCACAGGAAUGGAGCAAACGUGCGGUCGAGGACCUGCUGGCUCAGAUGUCUCUGCCAGAGGCCCAGCGAGAGGCUGAGGUCGUCUCCACGGCAACAGGAGGAAAGAUGAACCUGGAGAGGUCAGUCGAUCCCCCCAACAACCUGCCCCCCCGCGAACGCAAAGCUGGCUGCAAGAACUUCUACUGGAAGGGCUUCACCACCUGCUAAAGCCCCGCCCACCCAGCUUGGGUCACUCCUUCACUGGACCAACUGACCAAUCCCAGAUCACCUGCCCUUCACCUGUUCGUCUGGACCGACCAAUCAGCAGCUGUCUGGCUGUUGUGUACCUGAAUAAUUAAUGUAAUUAUCCAUUAAAGAGAGAAAUCAUUUAA